AUGAGAUGGCGCAAGCUAUGGCCGUGUUCUCUGCUAACUUACGUUCUAUUGGUCCUCUAUACCCCCGGAGACCGACCCACCGCCGUGACUGCUAGUAGAUAUGUUUGGACAACGGAGCGGAAGCAUUCUCUUCGAGAUGCCACUCGAGAGCUUUGGUACCAUGGCUUUGAUAAUUACAUGUCAAGAGAUUGGGAGAAUCCGGCCAAUAUAGCGUUUAACGAUGUCACCGGAAAUUUCUCACUUACCCUGAUAGAUGUGCUGGACACGUUGGUUGUACUUGAUGACCCACCAGGUUUCCAGCGUGCUGUUCAAGAUGUGAUUGACCAAGUCUCAUUUGACGUCGAUACGAAACCGCAAGUUUUCGAAACCACAAUACGCGUAAUGGGUGGAUUGUUGUCUGGACAUCUGUUUGCUAGCACACCAGGACAACCUUUUUAUCUAUCUUGGUAUCGCGGUCAGUUACUUGAUCUGGCAUAUGAUCUUGGCACGCGGCUCUUGCCCGCAUUCGCGACGCCAACCGGCCUUCCGUACGCGAGGCUUAAUUUGCGCUAUGGUGUCGACAAUGGGGAAUCGUUGAGCACCUGCACUGCUGGGGCGGGUUCCCUGAUCCUGGAGUUCGCUACUCUGAGUCGUCUUACUGGUGACGAACGCUUUGAGAAAGCCGCUUAUAAAGCUUACUUCGCGUUGUGGAAUCGUAAGUCCGAGAUUGGGCUAGUGGGGAACACAAUCAAUAUAUGGACAGGCGCUUGGACACAUCCUGAAGUGACCAGUGUUGGGGCUGGUAUAGACUCGUUCUACGAAUAUGCAUUGAAGUGGUAUAUUCUGAGCGGUGAGGUCGAGUUCCUAGACGUAUGGAACGAAGUUUAUGCAACUGUCAUGCGUUACACUCGGUCUCCGGAUGGUUAUUGGUUCCGUCAUGUUAACAUACACACUGGUAACCAGGCAUACAGCACAAUUGAUUCACUAUCCGCAUUUUGGCCCGGUUUGCAAGUACUUGCUGGGGACGUGCAAAAUGCCAUAAAGUCCCACCUAACGUACUGGAAUAUUUGGAGGCGCCAUUCCGGUAUGCCUGAAGUUUGGGAUGUCCAUUUCAUGCAAGCCACCUCUUUCCAAUAUCCUCUUCGACCAGAGUUUGUUGAGUCAACGUGGUAUUUGUAUCGAGCUACUAAAGAUCCUUUUUACCUCGAUGUCGGGGAACGUAUCUUGAGAGACAUCACUGCCAGAUCGAAGGUGGAGUGUGGGCUCUCCGGUAUUCGGGACUUACGGAAUAAUGCACGAGAUGACAGGAUGGAGUCAUUUGCACUGUCCGAGACUCUGAAGUACCUUUUUUUGCUUUUUGACGAAAACAACCGACUUCACAGUGAUGAUUCACAUUACGUGUUCACUACGGAGGGGCACAUACUCACGUUACCAAAACAUGCACUCAGACCUAUGUCAUCUGCGCGUCGGCGGAUGCGUCGUGAAGAAAGUCAUCAAUGCCCAGCAUACGAACCGUUCCAGAUAUCCCAGCCGUCUCAGAAAGCAAACGGCCUGAUCAGUGGAGUGGGCUCGCGACAUGACGUUGAGUAUGCGAGGCACCUAAUUGGCUUGAUCCCCCAAUCCUCCGAUGAACACUACUGGUCCCCUGACGGAUGGUGUGCAGUACCUUACACCGAUUUAUAUUCUUACAACUUCGUCAUGUCUACGAAUGGUUAUGAAGUCGCAGAAGAUUUUAAUCCUGCUAUUGAUAAACUACGGGCUGUUGGGGAUGGUUUCGUCAUUCAGAACGUUACUGGUAUACGGGCCCACAUAGUUAGUCGCCUGGAUGGAAGGGGGUACGACAUUACUCGACUUGGACCUCAUGCUGUCCGCUCGGGGCAAGUGGUUUAUGUCAACGACACUGAGCUACGGUCUUCUUCCGAAAGUCUUGCCAGGUUGCAACGCCGACCCACUGUCCGCUUGCGUAUUUUUCUUGACACCAUGGAUCCUCUGCUCGUUACCCAGGUGGGAACAGUGGAGAUGGACGCAAAUAUUUACAUUACUGUCCAAACCGCACAAUUCGGCGCAGACCCAACAAGAAAGGCCAUGACAUUUGGCCAUGAAGGCGGUGUCCGGGUUCGGAGAGACGAGUCUAACCCCCUCGGCUGCCGGGAGUACGAUCAAAAAUUUGGCGGCGAUGCGGUCCUGGUGUGGAGAGGCGAAUGUACCUUCCUAGAGAAACUAGUCCAGGCUCAGAAGGCCGACGCAUCGGGAGUUAUCGUGAUCAGUGACGAUGACGAGGCAGUCAAUCCGUCCGCUACGGCGGAGGAAAUUGCAGCCGCGGGAGAUUUAGAUGACGUGGCACUCGUACUGUUGCCCCUUACUCCCGGCAAGGGGCUUGCCGCAAUGGUAGAAGGAGCUGGUGUCCUGGGUUAUGGUAACGUGUUAUUCUCCGUCGAUUUCGAAGGAGUGCCGCCUGCGACACGGAGAGACGGGGAUGUCGAGAAUAUGCACGUUUUGUAUGUCAACGGUCACCCAGUCCUUAACACCCGAUUACUGGUGUAA